AUGUCUUCGCUCGUGAGAUCCAGCGGUGUCGUCUCAGAGACGACGCCGCUAUAUCCAGUACCAACACCCACACACCAACGGCGACGGGCCCAGUGGUCUCCACGUGAAGACGUGGGACUACUGCGAACCGUUCUGGGCCAUGCUCGCUUGCUGUUGCCCGGAGCCGACCCCGCAGAACUCGCGCGCGCUCGUAAGCUGUUUUGGCAUCACGUGCGGGCUGCGCUGCAGGAAACGCAGCACGUGGCCAUGAAUCGUCGUCAAUGUCGAGAUCGAUUUCGAUUACUGUACCAGAGGUCCCAGACACGGGCGCAAUACCGUGAAUUUCUGCCGCCUGCGUCACGUGCGGAAGAGCUGGGUGACCAGUGCGUUCGAGUGUUUCGGUUCAACGAGCAUCGUGAGCUGGCGAUUGCAGAUUCCAAUGCCCUCACAGAACCGGCUCUCAAACCCGUGGUGUUUGAAUCCUCGCCAUUACAGCCUUAUUACGGGGGCUCAAAUCCAACUCCACCUUCAUCAGCGUCUUCGUGCACAGUGACAUCGUGCGACUUGCAGGCCGUUAGAACUGCCAUUGUAGGACUUCAGCACCAGCUCAGCCAGCUGACACAGGAGCUGGAUGCUCUGGCUCAGACGGUUGACCAGGUAGCCACGCAUUCGCUGGAGGAAUCGGCUCCGGAGCAUGCUGCUGACCACCAGUACGUGACAGGGCAUCCGGGUGAUAAUACCGGCUAUGCGGGGGUAACAAGCUGGCCGCCUAAUUUUUCAGCUUUUCAAAAUUACGAAGCCUCUCCCACCUACGACUCGCAAAUGUUUCGCCAUCCGCAAUAUGCGGAAAACUGA